AUGCGGCGAAUGCGCGGCGUGGGCCUGUGGGUGGCCCUCUUGCUGGCAGCAGCAGCGUGGCUUCCGUGCUGCAGGUGCAGCAAGGCGCUGCAGCAGCAGCAGCAGCAGGGAAAGCCGCCCAGCGCGGCGGAGCCGAGACGGCGGUACUCCCCCCCCCCCUCUCGGAGCCGCGCCGCAGAGCCGCGCUGCAACUCUUCGAAAAGGGGCGGGGUCCCCCCCCCCCCCCCUCUCGGAGCCGCGCCGCAGAGCCGCGCUGCAACUCUUCGAAAAGGUGCAUCCCAUGUUGACUAUUCACUACCACGGCUUCUCUCUGCGCGGAAGUCUGGUCUGCUACGACAUGUUGAACGAGCUGCGGACAGUGGAGGAGGCGCGGGCGGUGAUGGACGUCGAGUUCCACUUGCUGGAUCUGAUGCUGGAGAAGUACAAAGUCAAGAAACACAUGCGCAUUGUGGACGCAAACAUCGUCAAGAACAUGCUGGGCAUUCAGAACCUCUUUUCCUUCCGCUUUCCCGAAGUCAUUUCCAAAGUCACCCGCUUCAUCAAGGACUACGACCCCAUCCUGCGGGUCUUCCUGCAGCGCUACUUGCCUCACAUCUCCUCGUGAUAGUUAAUGUGCCUUCUUUUCUUGCGCCCCUUCUUCCCUCCAUAGCUUCCCGCAUUAUGGGCAUUCCUUCCAGCAAGAUCGCGGCCAUUGCCAAGGGCAGUCAGCUCACGCGCUUCAUGGAGCCCAAGUACGUCCCGCGCGAGUUCGGAAACCCCGCGGGACUCAGCGUCAAACACAACGAUGAAAACUUAACUGCUUCUUGCCUCAUGUUGCAGGAAAUAAAGACGCACUUGGGCGAGGCUGCGCUCACGGAGGACGGCAGGGCGCUGCUGGCGCAGCACGGGCCGCGGCUGCUCGGUCUCGCGGACCCAGCAGCAGCAGCAGCAGCAGCAGCAGCAGCGACGACGCCGACAGCAGCAGCAGCAGCAGCAGCAGCUAACUCGCAGAAGCAAGAGGAGGCCCCCACGCAUUUUUCAGUUCAGGUGGAAGAGUCUUCUUCUGCUGCGCAGCAGCAAACGAGCUACGAGGAAAGCGGCAACUUCGACGACAUCGACUGA